AAAUGUUUCAGAAUUCUACGUGAACGACGCAAUGGCGACAUAUGUAAUACUAACUAACUAACCGAUGCGUUGUUGUUGUUGUUUUAAUUAUCCAGCUGACAGAAGGUGAAUAAUCACAUACAAUGGAGGAAACGUGGGACUUUGAGUUUCUGUCGCGCAUCGCUGACAGCUGCUUGUCCUUUCUCUCCGAGUUUGUGGACGACUGGCUCGCUAACGAUAUGAGAGUGUCGAUAUUCAAGAUCCUGCUCAGCUGGUUAAUUUUUAGCCUGAUCGCGAUUCACUUUGCGUGGAAGGUCUACGGGAACACGGUGAACGAUAUGUAUUAUCGACAAGGGACUGGCCAGAAUGGAGGCACACCUGAAGCAGCACCUCACCUCAGUGGAUGGGGAAGGAAAGCUGGAGAUCCAUUGAAGACUCAUCGAGAUUAGCAGGACGAUGAACUUUGACUUUGGACUUUAUCCAGGUGACAAAUGGACAUUUUACAUUCUUCUGAGACACAGAUUGCUUUAAAAGAUCUGUGGGGGGGGGGAAACAACCUUUAGUGCGUUCAAGAUGGAUGCACCCUCUGAUGUCUGCCUGGAGUAACAUGUUACCAUGCACACCAACAGUUAUUCAACAGCACACUGAUAUACAGACGUAUGUAGUGCUGUUAAAUAUUUAUUUUAGUCUAUUAUCUAAGAACAAACAUGGUGUCGGUGUCCAUUUUAUUUCUUUCAAGGGGCUUCAAAAUAUUGUUUUGAUAGUAGACAUGGCAUUUUCCAUAAAUAAUUGCACUUGAUUUGAUUUCUGUAUGGAACUAAUAAAGUACAGUAUUUUUAAAAGUUAA